UUAGCGAACAUGGUCAUCAUUCAACUGACAUCGGUUGCUCUAGGCAUAGAGUGCACUGAUCGGAACAGGCAGAAUGAAGAUCUUUGUUCCACUUCUAAGCUUCCUCCUAGCAGGACUAACCACCGGGUUGGACUGGUGGGAACAUGGAAACUUCUACCAAGUUUACCCAAGAUCCUUCAAGGACUCCGACGGCGACGGUAUCGGGGAUCUGGACGGAGUCACCGAAAAGCUGAAAUAUCUGAAAGACAUCGGCAUGGACGGAGUUUGGUUGUCACCGAUUUUCUCUUCUCCGAUGGCUGAUUUUGGCUAUGACAUCUCGAACUUCCGAGAGAUUCAAACGGAAUACGGGGAUCUAGAUGCUUUCCAGCGGUUGUCCGAUAAGUGUAAGCAGCUGGGCUUGCAUCUAAUUUUAGACUUCGUCCCGAAUCAUACUAGCGACCAACACGAAUAUUUCAAAAAGUCUGUUCAAAAAGAUGAGACAUACAAGGAUUUCUACGUAUGGCAUCCGGGUGUACAUGGUCCGAACAACACCAAGGUACCGCCAUCCAACUGGAUCAGUGUGUUCCGAGGAUCUUCCUGGGAAUGGAAUGAGGAGCGCCAAGAGUUUUAUCUGCAUCAGUUUUUGAAAGAACAACCAGAUCUGAACUACCGCAAUCCUGCCGUAGUGGAAGAGAUGAAGAACGUUCUUCGGUAUUGGCUGGACCGGGGAGUUUCUGGGUUCAGAAUCGAUGCAGUACCGUAUCUUUUCGAGAGCGACAUUAUCGACGGACGAUAUCGUAAUGAACCAGAAAGUCGUACCACUGAUGACCCCGAGAACCCAGCUUAUUUGGUUCAUACGCAAACCAUGGAUCAGCCGGAAACCUACGAUAUGAUCUAUCAAUGGCGUGCGGUAUUGGACGAGUACAGUAAAACGGAUAAUAGAACUCGUAUCAUGAUGACUGAGGGCUACACUAGCCUUCCAAAGAUCAUCGAGUUCUUUGGUAAUGCCACUGCUAACGGAGCACAGAUUCCGUUCAACUUUGAAGUGAUCAGUAAUGUGAAGAAGAACAGCACUGGCGCUGAUUUUGCCACUUAUGUUAAACGCUGGUUGGAUGCUAAACCUGCCAACAGAAGAUCCAAUUGGGUACUUGGAAACCACGACAACAAUCGCUUAGGGUCCCGUUUGGGCGAGAAUAAGAUUGAUUUGUACAACAUCGCUUUACAAACAUUACCGGAUAUUGCCGUCACAUACUACGGUGAGGAAAUCGGAAUGCUCGAUCAGUGGAUUCCUUGGAACGAAACUGUUGAUCCGGCUGCUUGCAGAUCAGAUGAGGCUUCUUAUUCCGCUUACUCUAGAGAUCCUGCCCGUACUCCAAUGCAGUGGGACAGCGGAAAGAACGCAGGUUUCUCUAAGGCGGCCAAGACUUGGCUUCCAGUGGCAGACAAUUACAAGACCCUUAACGUAAAGAUUCAGGAUCGUGCCCGCAAAAGCCAUUUGAAGAUAUUCAAGAAGUUGACCAAGUACCGCAAGCGUCAAAUCUUGACCGAAGGAGACAUCGACAUUAAGGUUUCCGGGGAAAAUCUACUCGUGUACAAACGUAAGGUCGAUAAGGUUGGCUACGUGGUCGUUGCACUGAACUUUGGUACGGAACCUGUAGCGCUGGGUCUUUCCAGUUUGUUUGAUCGAGCUGAUCAGAGAAUGCAAGUAGUGGUAUCGUCGAACAGGGUCUCCACUCCAGAUAACGUAUGGGUAGAUGUGGAUAACUACGUACUAAUCGGAGAGAGUGGCAUCGUGCUGCAAUAUUUAUGGGGAAAGAACCCGAUUGUUUCUUAAUUUUGAAUAGAAUUUUUUGUAGUAUUCUAUAGAAAUGGCACAAUAAACAAUAUUGCAUAUUUGCACAGCUUGAAUCUA